AUGCUGAAUCCUUGUCCAACCAAACCUUGCAAUGCCGAAUCAUUGUCCAACCAAACCUUGCAAUGCCGAAUCAUUGUCAAACCGAACCUUGCAAUGCCGGAUCAUUGUCCAACAGAACCCUGCAAUGCUGAAUCAUUGUCCAACCAAACCUUGAAAUACAGAAUCAUUGUCCAACCGAACCUUGCAAUGUCGAAUCAUUGUCCAACCGAACCUUGCAAUGCCGAAUCAUUGUCCAACCGAACCUUGCAAUGCCCGAAUCAUUGUCCAAACGAACCUUGCAAUGCUGGAUCAUUGUCCAACCGAACCUUGCAAUGCCGUAUCAUUGUCCAACAGAACCCUGCAAUGCUGAAUCAUUGUCCAACCAAACCUUGCAAUGCAGAAUCAUUGUCCAACCGAACCUUGCAAUGCCGAAUCAUUGUCCUACCGAACCUUGCAACGCCAAAUCAUUGUCCAACCGAACCUUGCAAUGCCGAAUCAUUGUCCAACCGAACCUUGUAA